UUUUCUUUUUAUUCUUUUUCUGGGUCGAAGCAAGCUAUUCGCAUUUUGGCAUCCAUGGCCUUGUCUUCAUGGUUGGGUCGCUCUCGUUUCUCCUCCAAAACUGUUUCCGCCUUUCUCCGGCCUUGUCGCCGGAAGUUACAGUCGACGGCGAAGACAGCUGAUGAGUUGACCGCAGUUUCUACGGAGAAAGGUCGCCGGAAUUGGUGGUCGAGCUCUGCUCUUGUCCCGUUGGCGAUUGCAGCUUCCGCCACCACUUUCGCGUUCCUGAACCAGUCACAGCCUUCUAUCAGCGAAUCAUCAGCUUAUUACCGAAUUGAAAAUAAUCCUCGAUGUGCUGCAAAAAAAUUUGGAAUUUGUUUUCUCUAUUCAUGUUUUGGGCAAUUUCUAUCUUGAAAUUUCUGAUUUUUCUGCUGUGGAGAGCAUAUUUCUGCAAAACUGCAUUGUCAUCAUUAGGAAAUGGAUUUUUAAUCUGUAGCAGUGUUUCUGAAUUCAGCUGCCUGACUAUUUCCUUGUGUGUUAAGGUUAACUUGACAACGGACUACGAUGAGAGGUACUUCCAUGGAAAGCCUCAGAACAGUUUUCACAAGUCAGUAAACAUUCCUGAUGUUGUUGUUUUCCCGAGGUCCGAAGAAGAAGUCUCCAAGAUUCUUAAAUCCUGCAACAAAUAUAAGAGGGUGAAAGCAUUACAUGUGGAGGAUAUGGACGUUGUAGUUGAGCCUGGAAUUGGUUGGCUCGAGCUUAACGACCAUUAUAGAACAGUACGGUGUGUUCUUUCUUCUUGAUCCAGAAUCUUGGCAGUCACUUCUUCGUAUAGUUAAAAUCUGUGCACGCAAAAGAAAAUCUUAAGAAGUUGCUUCUAGAGGAGAGGCCAGAAGUAAAUAUUGUCUCUGCGCUCAAAAGUGUUAGUGCAGAAAGUUGGUGAGAAAGUAAUAUGGCUGAUACCAGUCCAAGAACUGAUGUCUCAACAGAUGGAGACACAGAUCAUAGAGAUCUUGGGUCUGAAGGAGCACUGCUAAAUACUGCUGCUUCUGAUUCUAGUGACCGAUCGAAGGACAAGUUGGAUCAAAAGACCCUUCGUCGGCUUGCUCAAAACCGCGAGGCUGCAAGGAAAAGCAGAUUGAGGAAGAAGGCGUAUGUUCAACAGCUGGAGAACAGCCGGUUGAAGCUAACCCAGCUUGAGCAGGAGCUGCAAAGAGCAAGACAGCAGGGCGUCUUCAUUUCAAGCACAGGAGACCAGGCCCAUUCUACUGGUGGAAAUGGCGCUUUGGCGUUUGAUGCUGAACAUUCACGAUGGCUGGAAGAAAAGAACAAGCAAAUGAACGAGCUGAGGUCAGCUCUGAAUGCCCAUGCAGGUGAUGCUGAGCUUCGAACAAUAAUCGAUGGUGUGAUGGCUCACUAUGAGGAGCUUUUCAGGAUAAAGAGCAAUGCAGCUAAGAAUGAUGUAUUUCACUUGCUAUCCGGCAUGUGGAAAACACCAGCUGAGAGAUGUUUCUUAUGGCUUGGUGGCUUCCGUUCAUCCGAACUUCUCAAGCUUCUGGCGAAUCAGUUGGAGCCAAUGACAGAGAGACAGAUGAUGGGCAUAAAUAGCUUGCAACAGACAUCGCAGCAGGCAGAAGAUGCUUUGUCUCAAGGGAUGGAGAGCUUACAACAGUCACUAGCUGAUACUUUAUCUAGCGGGAGUCUUGGUUCAAGUUCAUCAGGGAAUGUCGCUAGCUACAUGGGCCAGAUGGCCAUGGCAAUGGGAAAGUUAGGUACCCUCGAAGGAUUCAUCCGCCAGGCUGAUAAUUUGAGACUACAAACAUUGCAACAGAUGAUAAGAGUAUUGACAACGCGACAGUCAGCGCGUGCUAUACUUGCAAUUCAUGAUUACUUCUCGCGGCUACGAGCUCUUAGCUCCUUAUGGCUUGCUCGACCAAGAGAGUGAAAAAUUGUAUUUUGGUCACUCAGCUGUACAAAAUCCAUAUGGACACAAACCAGGAGAGACUAUUUAUUAACUUGUCAGAUUCUUCAUAGGCAAUCCGUCGACGAAUAAGCAAUCUCUGGGAACACGAAGACUCUUCUUUGUCUGUAGGUUUUUAAAAUGGUUUGGUUGGUAAUUCAUGUUGUUUAGCUGUAGCCAUCAGGUUUCUUUUUUUUUUUAGCAUUUGGAAAGUUUUUAAUGUUUAUAUCUCUUUGAUUAUUAGAAAGGUUACUGAAUUUUGUUUAUGUUCUUCUUGUUGUUGUUGUGAUAAAGGUGUUUUCAUUU